GGUUCACUUGUUUGCCUUAGGUUUAAGGCAUCUAAAAAAAAAAAAGCUUCCGACGACUGAAAUCUUUCCACCGGCGAAAAUUUUACCACCAAGAGGUUGAAGAAGAUGUUGAAAAGCAAGGUUUUCAAUAAGAAAACCAGAGGAGGUGGAGUUAAAAAGCAAGUGAACGAGGUUUAUCUACGAGAUGACAUAUACUGUGGAACUUUUUCCUGCAAGUCUUGCGACACUUCAGCUGCUCGCUUGUCUUCCCCUAAGAUUAUUGUUGUGGACACCAACGUCGUUCUUCACCAAAUUGAUCUGUUGGAGAAUCAGGCCAUAGACUGUGUUGUUGUUCUGUCUGUUGUGCUGGACGAGGUUAAGAACAGGAACAGAUCCAUUUACAGUAGAAUCAGAGCUCUCACCAAUAAUCCAGCGAGGCAAUUCUAUGUUUUCUCUAAUCAUGUCCACAAGGAUACUUAUGUGAAGGCCAUGGAGAGAGAGAGUGCCAAUGACCACAACGAUAGAGCUAUUCGGGUCGCUACUCAAUGGUACCAGAAGCAUCUAGGGAGUACAGCUCAGGUGUUGCUUGUAACCAAUGACAGGGAAAAUAAACGGAAGGCCAUUGAAGAGGGAAUAUCUGCAGAAACAAUUGAGGCUUAUGUUAAAUCAAUUGGACAACCUGAAUUGCUGGAUCUGCUUGCGCAACCAGCCGGUGAAGACGUAACCAUGGAAGAUGCAGAUGAUUCCAGACCUUCGAAGAGGAAGCUUGUAUACCUAGAGCAUAAGCCCAUGUCUGAGAUUACUGCUGGCUUACACCGUGGAAUAUUUCAUCAAGGAAAACUCCGUGUCAAUCGUUUCAAUCCUUUUGAAGCUUAUGUUGGAAGCGAGAGCAUUGGCGAAGAGAUAAUCAUCUAUGGGCGAAGCAACAUGAACAGGGCUUUCGAUGGUGAUAUUGUCGCGGUAGAACUCUUGCCUCGCGAUCAAUGGCAAGAGGAGAAGGCAUUAUCUAUAGCUGAAGAAGAUGAAGAAGAGGACGAUGGUGUUCAUUUGGCUCCCAACAGUGCUGACGAUGCUCCUAGAACCUCAAAUAUACCCCAAGAAACUUCUGGUGACAAAAAUGCUAACCCUGCUCGUCCAUCAGGCCGUGUGGUCGGUGUUAUCCGUAGAAAUUGGCACUCUUAUUGUGGAUCUCUUGAACCAAUGUCACUACCUGCUGGUAGUGGUGGAACGGCCCAUGCUUUAUUUGUCUCUAAAGAUCGCAGAAUUCCCAAGAUUCGCAUCAACACCCGACAGCUUCAGAACCUUUUGGAUAUGAGGAUAGUAGUGGCAGUUGAUUCUUGGGACCGUCAAUCUCGAUAUCCCUCUGGUCAUUAUGUACGACCAAUCGGCAAGAUAGGCGACAGGGAAACUGAAACAGAGGUUGUCUUGAUAGAGAACGAUGUUGACUACUCGCCAUUCUCUUCUCAAGUUCUGGCAUGCUUGCCACCCUUACCUUGGUCUGUAUCUUCUCAAGAUGUAUCCAAUCCUGUUAGGCAAGACUUACGACAUUUGCUUGUCUUUAGUGUGGAUCCUCCGGGUUGCAAGGAUAUCGAUGAUGCAUUGCACUGUACAUCGCUUCCUAACGGGAACUUUGAAGUUGGAGUCCACAUUGCGGAUGUAACAAAUUUUGUUCACCCUGGUACUCCUUUGGAUGAUGAGGCAUCAAAAAGAGGCACAUCUGUCUACCUUGUUGACCGCCGUAUUGACAUGCUUCCCAAGCCUUUAACUGAAGAUAUUUGCUCCCUUAGAGCUGAUGUGGAAAGGCUUGCUUUCUCGGAAAUGAGUCCUGAAGCUGAGAUUAUUUCAACGAGAUUUACAAAGAGCAUAAUCAAGUCUUCUGCAGCAUUGUCCUAUGUUGAAGCUCAGGCUCGGAUGGAUGACAGCCGAUUGACGGACAAUGUGACUACAGAUCUGAGGAACAUGAAUACUUUGGCAAAGAUAAUGAGGCGAAGGCGUAUCGAUAGGGGAGCCUUAACUCUUGCUUCUGCUGAAGUUAAAUUUCAGAUUGAUACCGAGACUCAUGAUCCUCUUGACAUUGGCAUGUAUCAGAUUCGGGAAGCAAACCAAAUGGUUGAGGAAUUCAUGCUUGCUGCAAAUGUUUCAGUUGCUGAACAAAUCCUUAAACAAUUCCCUUCUUGUUCACUAUUAAGGCGUCAUCCUACUCCAACAAGAGAAAUGCUUGAACCGUUGUUGCGUACUGCUGCAGCUAUUGGACUAACCUUAGAUGUCUCUUCAUCUAAAGCUUUGGCUGAUUCACUGGACCGGGCUGUGGGAGAGGAUCCAUAUUUCAAUAAGCUGAUCAGGAUAUUGGCAACUAGGUGCAUGACACAGGCUGUAUACUUCUGUAGUGGGGAUCUCACACCUCCAGAAUAUCUUCAUUAUGGGCUUGCAGCACCUUUGUAUACUCAUUUUACAUCCCCUAUCCGGAGAUAUGCUGAUGUGUUUGUGCACAGAUUACUUGCCGCGUCAUUAGGAAUAUACAAGCUUCCAACGGUGUUCCAAGACAGACCUCAACUUACUAGUGUUGCUGAUAAUUUGAACUACCGGCAUAGGAAUGCGCAGAUGGCAAGUCGAGCUUCAGUAGAGCUCCACACUCUUAUCUACUUCAAAAACCGACCCACAGAUGCAGAGGCGAGAGUUGUGAAGAUAAGAUCCAAUGGUUUCAUAGUAUUCGUACCAAAGUAUGGUAUCGAAGGACCUGUUUAUUUGACAGCGAAAGGUGAGAAAGGAGCUGGUGAGUGGUACGUAGACGAGGAGAAGCAGAAGAUUGUUAAGAUGGAUGGAAGUUUAUCUUACAGUGUCUUGCAGACAGUGAAGAUUCACAUGGAGGUUAAGGAGCCUCAGCCCAACAGACCGAAACUCGAACUCACUCUCUUCUUAACGCGUCGGCUCAGCUCGGCUCGGCUCGAACGGGCGGCUCAACAGUUUGAAAGGGAGAAGAAACUCGACGGCACGGAGAUCCUAAAACCGCAGCUUCAGGCGAAGCUUCGCAUAUCUCCUCGGUUGUUGACUUUACCGACAAGUCAAUUCGAAAACCCUCGCUUCAUCUUAAAUCUCUCUAUCUCUUCUUCCGAUCAUCAAAUCAAAUCCUCUAUCUCCGAUCGGUCUGUGUUCAUGUCCCGGACGAUGCCAAGAUGCCACUUUCUCCGCCAUCUCUUCUUCUUACUAUUGCUACUGACAACAUCUUAUUGCGCCGGCGCCGCCGCUGAGUCGUCCAAUCAGAUCUCGCUAUUUGGGUUUCGACCCGCUGGAAGAUUGCUCCUGCACUCUCCUGAGCCAAACACGGAGCUUGUUGUUGAUCGUUCUGGGAAAGUAUCGUUAAUAGUGCAGCCAUCGGAGAAACCGAUAUGGUCUUUCUCGUCAGGAACACCGAUUCAUUCCUCAUAUCAGGCUCCUAUAAUCGCUGGGAACAACAACACAGAUAAUGCGACUGAGAUAAGCAAAGCUUUCGUUGUCGAAUAUGUAGACAACUCACAGGCUAAUACGGUUGAUGAUGAUCUCUACACUAGACGGACUAUGGAGGACUUGCUUAAGAUGAUGCCCCUUGUAAGUGAUGAUGGUGUGACUCUUGGCUCAAAAACAUCUACUGCAUAUUUGAUUGAUGGCAUAUCAGGGAGGCUGAUUCAUAUCUAUAGAUCCACCGAUUCUCCCGGAGACAGUAACCAUUCUAAUGCUAUGGUGAAGCCCACUAGCUCCGAUAACUUCGUGAAGCUGCCACUUCUCAUCACGCGGACGGAUUCAAAGCUGGAGCAUUUCGAUAAGAUCACUCGGAAGAUUUUGUGGAAUGUGACGGUUUCUGACUUUGGAGCUGAUUUGCUGUGUGAUUUAGCCUUCAAUGCAGGGAACAACCUCGGUCCUGAAAUCCUCACUGGAGUUUAUAUGCCGUUGCGAUGUGGAUCGAAAACUAAAGUCCGUGCCAAUAUUAAAUCAGAGUUUCUUAUCAGGGUGCCUCGUGAUCCCUCCCAAGAACUCACCGACAGCGAAAUCAGCAUCUCUCUGCCUUCUACAAGAACCAGAGAAUCCAGGAAGUUACAGGAGCAAGAUAGGCAAAACUAUACUGGAAAAUUUUUCGGAUGGUCGCCAGUAAGAUUAUUGGUCCCUUUGUUCUUCCUUGGUGCUGUUGUUUCUGUUUUCAUCAAAAGGUCUUCACCCAGGAGCGGUGAUCUUAGUUCGAACUCUGGACCUUCCAGAAAGAAAAAGAACCGUAGUAAAUCGGGGAAGGGUGGUAUUAUAAAUGGGCAGAGCGAUAAGCAGCCAGAGUUUGAGCUCAUUGAAGGAGGUCAAAUGUUAUCAGGCUUCAAUAACCUUCGAAAUGGUGCAGCUGAUGGUCGAACGAUUGGUAAGUUGUUCGUGUCGAAUAAAGAAAUCGCAAAGGGAAGUAACGGGACCGUGGUGUUUGAGGGUCUUUAUCAAGGCCGGCCCGUGGCUGUAAAACGCCUUGUUCGAUCCCAUCAUCAGGUUGCUUCCAAGGAGAUCGAAAACCUCAUUGCGUCUGACCAGCACUCUAACAUCGUUCGGUGGUAUGGUGUGGAGUAUGACCAGGAUUUUGUUUACCUUUCUCUAGAGCGUUGCACAUGCAGUUUAGAUGAUCUGAUCAAGACCUAUUUAGAGUUCUCAAUGACAAAAGUAUUGGGAAACAGUGAAUCUACAGAAACAGUAGCUGCGUAUAAGAUUCAACUGGAUUCUUUCGAGGGAGUUAUCAAAGGAAUCAACUUGUGGAAAGUAGGGGGCCAUCCAUCACCUCUCAUGCUUAAACUAAUGAGGGAUGUAGUUUAUGGACUUGCCCACUUGCAUGAAUUGGGAAUAGUUCAUAGAGACUUGAAACCACAAAAUGUAUUAAUAACUAGAGGGAUGACUUUGAGUGCAAAGCUCUCUGAUAUGGGCAUUAGCAAGCGUCUAUCUGGGGAUAUGUCAUCCUUGGGUCAUCUUGCCACAGGUUGUGGUAGUUCUGGUUGGCAAGCACCAGAGCAGCUUCUUCAGGGUCGUCAAACUCGUGCAGUGGACAUGUUUAGUUUGGGUUGUGUGCUCUUUUACUCGAUAACUGGUUGUAAGCAUCCAUUUGGAGAUGAUCUUGAACGCGAUGUCAAUGUUGUGAAGAACAAGGUCGAUCUAUUUCCAGUAGAGCAUGUUCCUGAAGCCUCGAACCUCAUCUCUCGUUUGCUGAACCCAAACCCUGAUUUACGUCCUAGUGCAACCGAAGUGCUGUUCCAUCCAAUGUUCUGGAACUCAGAGAUGAGACUGUCUUUUCUUCGAGAUGCUAGUGACAGAGUAGAGCUCGAAAACAGAGAGGUUGAUUCUGAAAUCUUGAAAGCAAUGGAGGAUACAGCUCCAGUGGCUAUAGGAGAGAGGUGGGAUGAGAAGCUUGAACCUAUCUUCAUCACGAACAUUGGUCGCUACAGACGUUACAAAUACGACAGUAUUCGCGAUUUGUUGCGUGUAAUCAGAAACAAACUGAAUCAUUAUCGAGAACUUCCUCCAGAGAUCCAGGAACUUGUCGGAACGGUUCCAGAAGGAUUUGAUGACUACUUUUCGGUUCGGUUUCCGAAACUGCUGAUUGAAGUCUACAGAGUCAUCUCUCUGCACUGCAAGGAAGAAGAAGUAUUCAGAAAGUACUUCGAGCGCAACAUCAUAUAAAUAACCAUUGCCCUUUAUUGUAAUCCUUGUUUGUUUAUUAUAUAUAGAAUAUAAACAUAAAUUAAAGUGCUAUCUAACUUUAUUGCAACAUGUAUUACUAACUAGUCUAUGUAUAUAUCUAUCUCUUCAUGUAAGUUUUAUGUUUGAAAUAAUGUAUUUAUGCAACACAAUUAAGAUUUCUAUUUCGAAAUGUUCUUUUUUAAAGACGGGCAUGUUG